GCGGCCGGCGGCCAUCUUUCCCCCCCCCUCCCCGGCAGCUGUUCCCGGCGCUAGUGUGGGUCCGCUUGGCUGUGGCGCCCUCCGCCUCGGCAGGAUCUGUGGGGAGGCGUGGAUGAGGGGGGAGGUGAGGAGGAGCCGCCCCCCACUGUUGCCGCGCCCCCACCUGAGGGCAGGCCCGGGUGGGCAGAGUCCCCCGGGCGGGCUCGGGGUCGCUCCGCGGCUCAGCCUCGUCCUUCCCGCCCGGACCGUCCCCCGGGCCCUGUCCGCCCGCCCGCCCGCUGCUGCUCUCAGGGUCCGCGGAUCCCAGAUGGGAUAAGCUGUAAAGAUGUUCAGUUUUGAAGGCGAUUUCAAAACGAGGCCCAAGGUGUCCCUCGGAGGUGCGAGCCGGAAGGAAGAGAAGGCUUCUCUUCUACAUCGAACUCAGGAAGAAAGAAGAAAGAGAGAGGAAGAAAGGCGAAGGUUGAAAAAUGCAAUAAUCAUCCAGUCGUUCAUUCGAGGCCAUCGAGACAGAAAACAGCAAUACUCCAUCCAAAGAGGCGCGUUCGACCGCUGCGCUGACUCCUCGCAGUCCGGCGGCACUCUCUCUAUCGCUAACGGCCCCAGUCUGACCCUGCUGGUGAGGCAGCUUCUGUUUUUUUACAAACAGAACGAAGACUCCAAACGUUUGAUCUGGGUGUGUCAGAACCUCAUUAAGCACAGCGCUCUGUUUGUCCAGCAGCUGGACGGAUCCGACAGACUCACGUGCUUGUUCCAGAUCAAGAGGCUGCUGAGCCUCUGCUGCAGGUUACUGCAGAGCUGCAACGACGACAGUUUGAAUGUUGCGCUUCCCAUGAGAAUGCUCGAGGUGUUUUCAUCCGAGAACACUUACUUGCCUGUUUUACAAGACACUGGCUCUGUGGUGUCGGUCAUUGAACAGAUUUUGCACUACAUGAUUCAGAAUGGGUAUUACAGAUCUCUCUACUUGUUAAUCAACAGCAGGCUUCCGUCAAGUAUCGAAUAUUCUGAUUUAUCUCGAGUUCCUAUUGCAAAAGCGCUGCUAGAGAAUGUUCUGAAACCAUUGCACUUUACUUACACCUCCUGUCCAGAAGGCGCAAGGCGGCAGGUGUUUACGGCCUUCACCGAGGAGUGUUUGGCCGCACCUUUCACCGAGCAGGUUUUCCACUUCGUGCUGCCCGCACUGGCUGAUGCCCAGGCUGCUUUCCCUUUCGAGCCCUUCCUGGAGGCGCUGCUGUUGGCGGAGAGCGGGCGCUCCGAGCCCCGCGGGGCCGCGGCCUGGCUCUUCUAUGUCGUCUUAACUGUUGGCGAAAGCCACCUGGGGACCCUCUCUGAGGAAGGCCUGCUGGUGUACCUGCGUGUGCUGCAGACUUUCCUGUCCCAGCUGCCGGUGUCUCCUGCCCGUCAGAGCUGUCAGGACUCAGCCAGUGACUCCGAGGAUGACAGCGCCGAGGCAGACCAGCAGAGAGGCGCGCCAGCGGACGGACGACUGUCGUUGCCCUACAUAGCGGAGGAGUGUCUGAGGAAGCUGGACACGAAGCAGCAGACGAACGCGCUGCUCAGCCUGGUGUGGCGGGACUCGGCCGGCGAGGAGGCCUUCACGCUGAUGGCUUGCAUCUGCCACACGCUUCUGGUGCAGCAGCGCAUGAUGGUGCCCCGAGUCAGGCUUCUCUACAGCUUAGCCUUUAAUGCCAGGUUUCUGAGGCACCUUUGGGUUCUCAUAUCGUCAAUGACCACACGGAUGAUCACAGGGUCCGCGGUGCCGCUGCUCCAGGUGAUCUCGAGGGGCUCGCCCAUGUCCCUCGAAGACUCCGGCCGCAUCAUCCCACUCUUCUACCUGUUCAGCUCCCUGUUCAGUCACUCGCUGAUUUCCAUCCACGAUAACGAGUUCUUCGGUGACCCCAUUGAAGUCGCUGGUCAGAGGCCGUCCUCCCUCAUGCCUUUCACCCUGGAAGAGCUGGUGGUGCUGUCGCGGUGCCUCCGGGACGCCUGCCUGGGCAUCAUCAAGCUGGCCUACCCGGAGACGAGGCCCGAGGUGCGGGAGGAGUACGCCACCGCCUUCCAGAGCGUCGGGGCGCGCUCGAGCGCCGAGGUGCAGCGGUGCGUCCAGACGGAGCAGAAGCGCUGGGUCCAGCUGUUCAAGGUCAUCACCAACCUGGUGAAGAUGCUGAAGUCCAGAGACACAAGGAGGAGCUUCUGUCCCCCAAACCACUGGCUGUCGGAGCAAGAGGACAUCCGAGCAGACAAGGUCCCCCAGCUGUACGUGCCAGCCGCAAGACACGCGUGGAGGUUCCGGCGGAUGGGGCGGAUCGGCCCCCUGCAGUCCACCCUGGACGUGGGUGUGGAGUCGCCGCCGCUGUCAGUGUCCGAGGAGCGGCAGCUGGCCGUCCUGACCGAGCUGCCCUUUGUGGUGCCGUUCGAGGAGCGGGUGAAGAUCUUUCAGAGGCUGAUCUAUGCAGAUAAGCAGGAAGUUCAAGGAGAUGGUCCGUUUCUUGAUGGGAUCAAUGUCACGAUAAGGAGAAACUAUAUUUAUGAAGAUGCUUAUGACAAGCUCUCCCCAGAAAAUGAGCCUGACCUGAAGAAGCGCAUCCGUGUCCACCUGCUCAACGCACACGGCCUGGAUGAGGCCGGCAUCGACGGCGGCGGCAUCUUCCGGGAGUUUCUGAAUGAGCUGCUGAAGUCGGGCUUCAACCCCAACCAGGGCUUCUUCAAGACCACGAACGAGGGGCUCCUGUACCCCAACCCUGCUGCGCAGAUGCUCGUGGGAGACUCCUUCGCCAGACAUUACUACUUCCUGGGCAGGAUGCUCGGAAAGGCUCUCUACGAGAACAUGCUGGUGGAGCUGCCCUUCGCUGGCUUCUUCCUAUCCAAGCUGCUGGGCACCAGCGCCGACGUGGACAUCCACCACCUGGCGUCCUUGGACCCGGAGGUGUACCGGAACCUGCUGUUCCUCAAGAGCUACGAGGGCGACGUGGAGGAGCUGGGGCUGAACUUCACUGCGGUGAACAACGACCUCGGGGAGGCCCAGGUAGUCGAGCUGAAGUCCGGUGGAAAAGACAUCCCCGUCACCAGCGCAAACCGCAUCGCAUACAUACACCUGGUGGCUGACUACAGGCUGAACCGGCAGAUCCGGCAGCACUGCCUGGCCUUCCGCCAGGGCCUGGCCAACGUGGUCAACCUCGAGUGGCUGCGCAUGUUCGACCAGCAGGAGAUCCAGGUGCUGAUUUCUGGGGCACAAGUGCCCAUCAGUCUAGAGGACCUGAAAUCCUUCACCAACUACUCAGGGGGCUACUCUGCUGACCACCCCGUGAUCCGGGUCUUCUGGCGCGUCGUGGAGGGGUUCACGGAUGAGGAGAAGCGGAAGCUGCUCAAGUUUGUCACCAGCUGCUCCCGGCCCCCGCUCUUGGGGUUUAAGGAGCUGUACCCAGCCUUCUGCAUCCACCACGGUGGCUCUGACCUGGAGCGGCUGCCCACAGCCAGCACCUGCAUGAACCUGCUGAAGCUCCCCGAGUUCCACGACGAGUCCCUGCUGCGCAGCAAGCUGCUGUACGCCAUUGAGUGCGCAGCCGGCUUCGAGCUGAGCUGAGCCGGCCCAGAUGGGCCCACCACGCCCAGAAGCUGCGCGCCUCCGUCGUGAGUAGCUCCUUCCAGGCCGUCGAGCUCAGGCUGUACCCCCACGCCUCCCCUGCCCCUCUCUGUCACCCCCUCCAGUUUGUAAAUGACUUAGGUCAUGGUCCCUUACUUAGAUGGACGUUGCUUUUCAGAUAACUUACAAUAACAAACAUUAGGUGCCACGCGGCUGAUUUAGAAAUACUGCCGAGACGAGCACAGUUGUGAGACUUAGUGGCAACUCAGUGGAAUUAACCAAAGAUGCAGCUUUGGCUUUGCUGGUGGGUUCCAGGCCUUCCUGAGCUGGGGCGCCCUGGGCGCGGCUGCUGGGGCGGGGAGGCUCUGGUCUGCAGGGCACAGGGUCUGGGAGGUGGGGGCUGACUCUCAGGGGCCGCGGCUUCGCGUGUGGCCGAACUGUUUACAAGCCUGACUGUUCAAACUGAAGGCAUUUUUCCUGCUGCCUUUUCCCAAAGUGGCGAGGUUUGGAGAAGAGAGGCGUGAUGGUGUUUUACUUGUGCUCUUUAAGCCAUCGCUCCCAGAGGGGACUAGCAUGCUCGUUUGGAGUGUUCUGUUCACCUGCAUCCUGGCGGUCCGGAAGGCGCGGGGUGGGGUGGGGGGCGGUGCGGGGUGGGGCGGGGUGGUGCGUGGUGGGUCCUUCGUUCCUUUCCACCUGCCUGCACUCUUUGCCUGGGGAGCUGUCGGGAGGGGUCUCUGUCCAGCCCCCACGGCACAGCACUCGUGCAGCCUUCCGUGAACGGCAACGUGGGAGAAGAGACACUGAGACCGAUCUAGUCACUUGAACCAAAGUGGCAGCUGCACCUUCGUCCUGCGGCCUGCCCCCCUCGGCCCUGGGCUAGACGUCCCCUCCUUGGAUUUCGGUGACUCGCCACCCUCCCGCCCCUUCCGCCCCCCUCAACGGUGCUGCUUUGAAGGAAGACGGGACAGUCCCUAGACACGCAUCCAGGGGAGGAGUGCUGUAAUUCCCGUGAGAUGGGCACUUUAUCAGGACCUGACUUGAUGGUGGGCAACCAGGUCUCCGGAAAUGGGGCGGGGCCCUUGCCGACGCUGGGCGCGGCUCCUCUCCCCCAGCGGGCGCCGGCUGCCCCCCCUGCGUUGACCAGACUAGCAAUACACGUUUAGAUGCGGGGACUGAACGACACUUCUAAGACAAUGACCAUUAUUGAAAUAAAUGUGUAAUUUCUUAAUCUGAAUAAUAAAUUAAGUGUUAAAUGCUAUUUGUAGUCUUGAUACACAGAAAUAAAAUAAUUAGGGUUUGUCCUUGGUUUUAUUUUUA